AUGAACCAUGCCCCCACCGCCGGCUACGAGGAGGAUGUGGGGACACGGAGCACUGUCCGGGUGGUGUCACACACCAGUGUCCCACUGCUGCUGAAGAACCAGCCCUACUUCUUCCAGCAGUCGCAGGAGACCCUCUACAUCAUCUGGGGGCCGUCGAAGAAGAUGAACCGGGAGAAGAUGGGCACAACUUACCGGGCGCUGCUGAAGGUGAUGGAGACGUACCCCCGCCUGCAGAUCUACACCCUGACCGAGGAGAAGAUGGCGUAUUGCGACGAUGUCUUCCAGAAUGAGACGGGGAAGAACAGGUGCUUGCGGGACGCCGGCGACUGCUGCGCGCUGAGGCCGGUGCAGAGACAUGAGUGGCAGCGCGCUUACAGCCGCCUGCGGGGCAGAGCCCGCCGGCCCCCCGACCUCAAGAAGUGGGGGGUGAAAAGCGGGUACCUGCCCGUCUGCGGGAACAAGACCCUGACUGCCCGCUGCCACCAGUGCGUCAUUGUCACCAGCUCCAGCCACCUCCUGGGCACCCACCUGGGCACGGCCAUCGACGGGGCCGAGUGCACCAUCCGCAUGAACGAUGCUCCCACCACCGGCUACGACAUUGACGUGGGCAACAAGACCACCUUCCGCGUGGUGGCCCACUCCAGCCUCUACCGUGUCCUCAAGCGGCCCCAGGAGUUUGUCAACAAGACCCCAGAGACCAUCUUCAUCUUCUGGGGGCGUCCUGCCAAGAUGCAGAAGAGCCUCCUGAAAAUCAUCCAACGCGUGAGCGCCUCCUUCCCCAACAUGACAGCCUAUGUCGUCUCCCCCGGCCGCAUGAAGCAGUUUGAUGACCUGUUUCGGGGGGAGACGGGGAAGGACAGGGAGAAGUCGCGCUCGUGGCUCAGCACCGGAUGGUUCACCAUGGUGAUCGCGGUGGAGCUGUGUGACGCCGUCCACGUCUACGGCAUGGUGCCACCCGACUACUGCGGGUAA